GCGAUGUGAGGUUGCUGGGGCGUACGGAAGUAAAGGAUCCGUCAUGAGUGACCAAUGUGAGCUAAUAUCAGAAAAGCAUGAUAUUUUGCUGUUUAUUGAAGAACACUCAAAUGAUCCAUUAUAUCAACGAAAGCUUAAGGAACUUCAGACAAGAUACCAAUAUAUAAGGAAAACAUGUGCUGAUGGAAGUUGCUUUUAUAGAGGCCUUGGCUUUGCCUAUUUAGAAUUUCUGCAUGACAAACAGGAUGAAAUUCUCAGGUUUAAAGACCUUGUAGUCCAAAGCAAGAAUGAACUCACAGAAGCUGGAUUCCUGGAACAUGAAUUUAAAGAUUACUAUGAAUCUUUUCUUAGCAUUGUAGACUCAGCAGCAAGUGACAACUCCAACCUAUUGAGAGUCUUCAAUCACAAGAGCUCCUCAGACAGUGCUGUGCAAUACUUGCGUCUUGUAGCUUCAGCAUUUGUCAGAAACCGAGCACAAUUCUUCCAGCCGUUUAUUGAAGAUAAAAUGGAUAUCAAGGAUUUCUGUGCCCAGCAAGUGGAACCAAUGGCUACAGAAUGUGACCAUAUCCAGAUUACGGCGCUAUGUCAAGCACUAGAAAUUCCUCUACAAGUAGAAUAUGUGAAUGAGAUGGACACCAAAAUAAACCAUCAUAUAUUCCCUGAAGGAGCCAGUCCUUCUACUUUUAUGCUAUAUAAACAAGCACAUUAUAACAUAUUGUAUAAAAAACAAGAGCAAGGGUAAAAGGAUCUGGACCACAAGGGGAAGAACUUGAAUCAAGAUACUGUCCCAAUUUCAAUCUUUUGGAAAACUAUAUUCAUUUCAACAUAUUGUAAUUUUGUUGUUAUAAAGGUCAUCCAAGUUAAUAAUCUUAGCUUUUUACAAAUUUAAAUUAUAUACAACCAACUGACAUUGAUGCAGACUGCAAAUAUAUAUUAAAAUAAUCACAAAAAACAUUUUGUUAAGAAUUUAUAAGGCAAUUUGACACUUGAAAGGAUAAAAUUUGCCUUUGUAAAUGUAUAUUACAAUAGAAAAUAAAAGAAAUGAAGCUGA